AUGGAGUGUCUUGUGGAUGAUACGAUGAACUCCAACUUUUUAUCAAAGUGUCCAGACUGCGGCUUGGACUCGCCAGUGUCCUCGACGUCUGGGGACAUGUUUGCGAGAUGUGAGAACUGCAAGGCCGCUGCAGAUACAGCUGUGGUUAAUAAUAACCAGAUGCUCCAGUCUCAUCGAGACUUCGUGCCAUCGCCGGAUUUCACGCGACCUCGGUGCUGUUCUUGUUUGGAAAAGUCAUCCGCAGUACAAUCCCCAAGGGAGUGCCCGGAGCCAGAGGUCCACCUAGAUGUACCACUGGCAAGACCGCGGAGUAGUAGUAGUCCCAACCAAUCGGCUUCUCACGACCAGUCAGAACGUAAUGCAUCAAUAUCCACCUGCCAUAACUUGAUAGCCCAUUCUAAAGACUGUACCCAUAUACACUCCUCGCAGGCCUCUCCUGAUGGUCUUCUAAUUAGCAAUAUUGCAGACUCCGUGGGACACGAUCCAUUAUCUGUCCAAUCUCUGCAACAUUCUCCGGACAAACCUGGAUCUGAAAUACCAUCAGACACAGCACUGAGUAAUGAAAGAUGUACGACCAGUAACCUACAGACGUGUCCCAGUUGUGGUUUAGUGAGUGGCACCAACGAUACCGGCCUUGCGAAUGUGGACCUUCAGGUUCCUUCUUCCAAUGUAAAUAUUCAGCAGACUGCUAGUGACACUUCAUCACCGGGAUCUUCGAAUAUACCCGGGGCUACAGCACCUACAAAUGCGAGUUCUUUGUCCGGUGUAGUUGAGGCGAGUAAUUUAACGGCGUCCUCUUCAGUCAGUGCCCUAUCAGAACCCUUAGCUCCGCGAGGUGACCCUGAACACCAGAAGACACAUUCAAACUUUAAACAGAAUCCUGAGACUAAAGAUUCGCUGGAGAUACCCACAGAAAACACUGUCCCUACACAGAACUCCGAUGUUCCCAAAAGCGGAGCCCAUCUCCGACCCCUAUACCUCACUUCCGCACAGAUCAUCAGUCACAACACAGAGUUGAACCGGAUUAAAACUGCCGCAACCAAAAGGACCACAAAAAGUACCAGAAGUCCCCGAUUGACCCACGGACACUUCGGCAUAGGCCAGCCCUCCAGGCCGACCAGGCAUUCUCUCAGCUCGACCACCGUGCUCCCCAUGGUGAUAACACCAGAUUCUCCUUUGCCACGUUUACCCUCGGAGUUUCUCUACGAGCUUCACGAUCUAGACCACGAGAACGAGGAUCUCUCAGCUGAGGUUGUCUACUCGCUUCACUUCAGGGACUACCAGAUUAAAGAGAUGUUGGGCAAAGGCAUCAGCAGCACAGUUCGGCGAGUCACCGAGAAGUCCACAGGGGUGGAAUACGCGGUGAAGAUCAUCGACAUCAGCGGGGAGAAGGGGGAGAUAACACAGCUGGAUCAGGUGAAGAAGGACACGUACAGGGAGAUCAGCAUCCUGCGGAUGUGUGCUGGGCACUCUCAUAUCAUUGAACUCCACGAUGUGUUCGAGACCCCUACAUUUAUUUUCCUGGUCUUUGAGUUAUGUCGGAAAGGUGAACUCUUCGACUACUUGACAUCUGUCGUUUCAUUAUCAGAAAAACGAACAAGAAUUUUUAUGCGGCAGCUGAUUGAAGCUGUAGCCUACAUACAUGACAAGAACAUUGUACAUAGAGAUCUCAAGCCAGAGAACAUCCUCCUGGAUGAUCAGUUGAACAUCAAAGUUUCUGACUUUGGAUUUGCUACAGUCAUCGCAGAAGGAGAGGAGUUAACAGAGCUCUGUGGUACUCCAGGAUACCUGGCUCCAGAAGUGCUAGCUCACUCCAUGUAUGAAAAUGUGUCCGGGUACGGGAAGGAGGUUGACAUGUGGGCCUGUGGAGUCAUCAUGUACACUCUAUUAUGUGGAGCACCUCCGUUCUGGAACCGACGACAGAUGAUGAUGUUACGAGCAAUCAUGAAUGCUGACUACACGUUUAACAGCCCAGAAUGGGAUGACAUUACAGAAGCCCCCAAAAACUUGAUUCAGAAGCUACUGCUGGUAAACCCCAAAGACAGGCUGACGGCCAAGGACGCCUUGAAACAUCCCUUUUUCCACAGCCAGAUUACUGAAGAGAAACUGUUCCACGCUCGAAGAAAGUUUAGGGCGGUGGCAGCUUGUAUUAUGUUCUACCUGAGAAUGAGCUUCUUCUCCAAGCAGCCACCUCCCAUCUCCUUGGACAUGGUGCGCAGCAACCCUUACGGCAUCAAGAUCAUGCGCAAGAUCAUCGACACCUGUGCUUUCGGGAUGUACAAGCACUGGGUGAAACGGGUGGACAACCAGAACCGCGCAGCGCUGUUCGAGCACACACUGAGGGAUGACUGGAAGCACACGCCGAUGAUUAUUGAUGGGAUCAAGAUAUGA